CUUUGAAACGAUUAAACUUUAAUGAUAUUUGCUGUCAAUUAAAUGCAAGUGAUGAUCAAACAACUAAUGAUAACUUAAGUAAUAACAAUGGUAUGAGUUGUGAUCAAGUGAUGAAUGUCGAUGAAGAUAGUGAUUGCAAUGAUGAAGACAUUGAUAAGCUUUUGGAGAGCAAUAAAGUGCAGACAACUAAUUGUCACGAAAGUGGCGAUAAAGUUAUGAUUACAGAGAUUUCUAGUGAUAACAAACUAAAAAAUUUCGAGACAAAUGGUUGUCAAACAAGUAUUGAAUUACAAAAUGAGUGGACACAAACUGAUGAUAACUCAAGAAAUAUUGUUAAUAAAGUAAAAGAUGAAAAAGAGGAAGAAGAAGAAGUAGUAGUAGAAGAAGACAAUUAUUGUGGUAUUAUUUAUGAGUCCAUCAAUGAUAACAACAACAACAGUAAUGUUAGACAAUUAUUGAUUAAAGAUGAUGAAGAUAUCAGCGAAUUCAUAGACAUUAACAGCAAUGAUAACAAAAUUGAAAAGUCAAAUGAAGACAAUCAACAAAACUAUAAUUAUAAUAAUCAUCUGCAGACAAGUCAUGAUACUUCUCAUCUGACAAUUGAUAGGCCAUACCAGCGCUCACCAGUAGUAUUGGAUAAUCAGUUUGUUGAACAAAAUUCAUUUAUUAGAUUAGCCAACAAAUCGUUUAAAUGUAUUUAUAAUAACUGUAAUCAAACAUUGAAAACUAAUCAGACACUCAAACACCAUCAGCUUCGUUACCAUCCCUUACUGUGGCCAGACAUGCCGUGGCAACAAUGCCGGCACACGGGUUGUACGUUCAAAAUAACAAAAAAAUAUGAAAAAUAUCUGCAAUUUAUUGAAUCAAUUGAUGAAACAAUUGAUGAAAAUUCACUGAAAACUGAUAUCAAUUCACUGAUUAUCACCAAAAGCUGUUCCGUGUCUUUGAAGACAUUAAACAAUACACAGAUUUUCCAUGAAUUUAACGAUCUCAAAUCAAUUGAUUGUCAAACAUAUGUCGAAACAAAGGAUGAAUGGACACAAACUGAUGAUAACUUAAGAAAUAUCAAUGAAUUAAGUAAUGAAAAGAUUGAUUGUAACGAUAGUUCAUCAGAAAGUGAUAUAUCACUGGAUUUAACUAAUAAUUGUUUCGUGUCUUUAAAACAAUUAAACAUUUAUGAUAUUUGUAAUCAAUUAAAUGCAACUGAUGAUCAAACAAAUGAUAAUUUAAGUAAUAAUAAUAAUAAUAAUUGUUUGAGUUGUGGUAAAGUGAAAGAUAUAGAUGAAGACAGUGAUUGCGGUAAUGAUGAAGAUUUUGAUGAAGACUUGGAUAUCAAUAAAGUUCAGACAACUAAUUGUAUCGAAAGUGUCGAUAAAGUUGUAAUUACAAAGAUUUCUGAUGCAAUCAAACUAAAAGAUCUCAAAUCAAUUGAUUGUCAAACAUAUGUCGAAACACGGGAUGAAUGGAUACAAACUGAUGAUAACUCAAGAAAUAUUAAUGAAUUAAAUUUUGAGACAAUUGGUUGUCAAACAAGUGUUGAAUUACUAGACGAGUGGACACAAACUACUGAUAUUUUAAGUAAUAACAAUGGUUUGAGUCGUUAUAAAGAAGCAGAUGUCAAUAAAAACAGUGAUAAACAUUUGGAGAUCAAUGAAGUGACACAAACUAAUGAUAACUCAAGAAAUAUUGUUAAUGAAGAAGAAGAUGUGGAAAAGGAUGAAAAAGAAGAAGAAGACAGCGAUUGUGAUAUAAUUUAUGAUUCAAUCAAUGAUAACAACACCAGUAAUAUUAGACAACCGAUUAUGAAUGAUAAAGAUAUCAACAAAUUGGUAGACAUUAACAGCGAUAAUAACAAUAAAAAUGUAAAAUCAAAUGAAGUACAAGAAGACUCUAAUAAAUGCAGUGAUAAAGAAAACAAUGAUUUAGUUGACGAAAAUCAAUUGCCGGCCAAUGAUUGCCAUCAAAAUAAUAAUAAUACUGAAGACAUGGAUCAGACAGAAACUAGUUAUUCAUUAAUAUAUUUGCCAGUAAUUAGUGAUCCAACCAAUCAUAACAAUGAUAUUACACUAAAUAUGUGUAAUAAGAGUCUCAAACGUCAUCAGCUUCGUUACCAUCCCAUACUAUGGCCAGAUAUACCGUGGAAGGACUGUCCACACAAUGGAUGUACAUUUAAAAGUAAAUCAAAUGAUACUAUACGAAAUCAUAGUAUGAAACAUUUAAAAGCAUACAAAUGUGAUGAUUGUGGCCAACAGUUUAAUAAAAAUUAUGAUUUAACGAUUCACCAGAAGACACAUAACAGUGAUCUGAAAAUCCAAUGUCAAUGGCGUGAAUGUAAUCAACUAUUUGCCAGUAAUAAUGAAAUGAUUGAACAUAUGAGAACACAGAUCCAAUAA